AUGACCUACGUCUCAAAUGAUCCCACUUGGUGGUGGGCCAUCGAUGCAUCUCGUUUGGCCAGCUAUUGUGUAGUCGCCGCCUUUGUUGUAGUGAUAUAUGAUUGGGCUCUCACAUUUGGACAAGAGGUGGAAUUGAUAUGGAGACAACGAUGGUCCGUAAUGACAGUCAUGUAUCUCGGUGCGCGUUACCUUGGAAUCUUAUUUUCUGCCUUGACCAUUCUGUGCAGAAUUGUAUACACCGUAUGGGAUUGGACUGGUGUUGUGGUAUUUGCGAUGCUGUGGGUCAUCAUCGUCGCUCGGUUGCGUGCCAUGUAUCAAGGAUCCAGAAAUAUCCAGAUAUUUCUCAUUGUCACCUUCCUGGCUGUCACCAUUUUCGACGGAGUAGUCGCCAUAAUGACAACAAUGCAUAUUUCAGGGGAGGAACUUGUUCUCUCUGGCACUUAUCAGUGCCAGAUGCACUCUUCGAAAGAUAUCCCACUCCUGGAUUCAAUUACUUGGAUCCUCAGCACUGUGUGGGAGGUCCUCGCGCUAUGUCUCGCGGUCUGGAUUGCGGUAAAACACUUCCGUGAACUGCGACAACAUUCGGCAGGAGGCAUUAUCGAGGACUGUUUCACGGUGUUGAUGAAAACUCAUAUACUUUACUUUGCGAGCUUUGUUGCCGUUUCUUGUCUCCAUCUCAUUUUUGAUUUUUAUCCAACAUUCUUCGCGGGCGAUUCCACGGAUGCUCAGAUUAUUGCUGGGUUUACGCAGAUUUUGACAGUUGUGCAAACAUCUGUGUUGGGACCGUGCCUGAUCCUUGGCGUUCGGGAAUACUACGCCAAGCUCGUUGCCAAUUCUGACGCAGCAACUGGUAUGACCUCAAUCGCUUUCCAGGAGCGCGUGGAAAUAUCGACUGAUAGUGGUGUGUGA